UGAUAGAGCUGUUAGCCGCAUUUUACACCUGGGAAACCGAGACUCAGAUCACGUAGUCUACCCGAGAUCACGUAGCUGGUUAACUGCUAGACCCAUUUUGAACCCUAACUGUGAAGUUUGAUAGUUGCUUUUCAGGCUUCCGGGGCGGGGCCGUUUCCUCUCACAUUACUUCUUUGCUAUUCUAGAAGGCAAACAGUGACUGCUACUAUUAAUGGGAAGCGCAAAUAACACUCAGCAAAGUCCUCGUCCUCAAAAUACUGAGAUCUCUAGUUAGAAGCAGGACUUGUGGCAGUCAAGACAAACAACGUAGCAAUAUAUUAAGAACCCAAGCACCGAAGACAGACCUGGGUUUUAAUCCUUGCUUAGCCACUUACUAGCAACGAGACGUUGGGUGAAUUAACUUAUUUCUGUGCUUUAGUUUGCUCACUUACAAAAUGAGGAUGCGAUAUCGUACAUUCCCCAAGAUUGAUAGUCCGUGAAAAGCAUUUAGCACAGCAUCUGACACCAUAAGCACCCAUAAGAGUAUACUAGUAAAUACUGCUACUGGUAAUAAAGUCAUAAAUAUAGUGACCAUUUCACUUAGAGAUGAUGCUUUAACUCAAAUCUCAGCCUUCCAAUCCCAAAUGAUUCGCUAGAAAAUUGUGGGUGGAGAAGUUCAUUGAGUAUAGGAAGGCUGAUGGAUCACCAAGCCUUUGGCCUGGCAGCAGGUGGGUUGAAGGUGCAAAUUUAUUAUUUACCACUAAUAAAAGUCAUCCUAUCCUGGAAAAGAUAGUAUACUUCACACACUCCACUAAAAGUUUUAAUUAUCAGCAUUUAGCAGGUUAUUUAAAACAGUAGAAUUUAGAUUUUUAUUCUCAAAACCUAUUGUGAACAUGUAAGUUGGUUUGUAGCUUUAUGGUACUUUUUUAAAUGAAUACUUUUUUUAGGAUCUUAUGGAGGCCAUUUGGAUUCUCAAGAAGACUUCUCAAAGUGGAAAACUGUAGAAUAACUGAAUCAGAAUCGUUGAUUCCACUAACUUGGACAUCACUGAUACAAAGGCUUAGCAGAGCACCUGGUAUUUUCUUGUUGGGUCAAAGAAAAAGAUUCUCAACCAUGCCUGAAACAGAAACAAAUCAGAGAGACACUGAAUUGUUUUCACCACCCUCUGAUGUUAGAGGAAUGACAAAACUUGAUAGAACAGCUUUUAAAAAGACAGUCACCAUCCCGGUGCUUAAAGCGAGGAAAGAAAUUGUCAGUAAAUUGAUGCGAUCCCUUAAAAGGGCAGCACUGCAGCGCCCAGGCAUAAAACGUGUGAUUGAAGAUCCAGAAGAUGAAGAAAGCAGACUAAUUAUGUUGGAUCCCUAUAAAAUGUUUACUGAUGAUUCCUUUGAGAAAGCAGAACUCAGUAUUUUAAGGCAGCUUAAUGUCAACCCACAGAUAUCUAAAUAUAAUUUGGAACUAACUUAUGAAAACUUUAAGUCAGAAGAAAUCUUGAGAGCUGUGCUUCCUGAAGGUCAAGAUGUGACUUCAGGGUUUAGCAGAGUUGGACAUAUUGCUCACCUGAACCUUCGAGAUCAUCAACUACCGUUCAAGCAUUUAAUUGGCCAAGUUAUGAUUGACAAAAAUCCAGGAAUCACUUCAGCAGUAAAUAAAAUCAAUAUUAUUGAUAAUACAUACCGAAAUUUCCAAAUGGAAGUGCUAUCUGGAGAGGAGAACAUGAUGACAAAGGUUCGAGAAAACAACUACACCUAUGAAUUUGAUUUUUCAAAAGUCUAUUGGAAUCCUCGUCUCUCUACAGAACACAGCCGUAUCACCGAACUUCUCAAACCUGGGGAUGUCCUAUUUGAUGUUUUUGCCGGGGUUGGGCCCUUUGCCAUUCCAGUAGCAAAGAAAAACUGCACUGUAUUUGCCAAUGAUCUCAAUCCUGAAUCCCAUAAGUGGCUAUUGCACAAUUGUAAAUUAAAUAAAGUGGACCAAAAGGUGAAAGUCUUUAACUUGGAUGGGAAAGACUUCCUCCAAGGACCAGUCAGAGAAGAGUUAAUGCAGCAGCUGGGACCACUGUCAAAAGAAAGAAAACACUCUGUGCACAUUGUCAUGAACUUGCCAGCAAAGGCUAUCGAGUUUCUCAGUGCUUUCAAAUCGCUUUUAGAUGGGCAGCCAUGCAGCCAUGAACUCCUGCCCACAGUGCACUGUUACAGCUUUUCCAAAGAUGCUAACCCUGCUAAGGAUGUUCAGCGACGAGCUGGAGCUGUGUUAGGCAUUUCCUUGGAGGCAUGCAGUUCAGUUCACCUAGUGAGAAAUGUGGCCCCGAACAAGGAAAUGUUAUGCAUCACCUUUCAGAUUCCUGCUGCUAUACUAUACAAGAACCAGACCCUAAAUCUAGAGAAUCAUGAAGAACCACCUCUUAAACGCCAGAGGACAGAUGAAUCCCUUUCAGAAGAAAAAACACAAAUUGCUUCAAUCACUUAAUUGAAAAUGUUUUCUCCAAAAGAACAAAACUUUUAUGUAUUGAAAUAUAAUUUGUAUGAUUUCAGCAUUCAGUUACUUUAGUAUUGAACUCAUAUUUUGCCCUUGCUGUCUUAUAAAUUGAGGAUUAUCAAAAUUUAAAUGAAAUAAGUCUAAAUAUAUUUUUAUUAUGUAAGUUAUAUAAUUAUGAUUUUAUAAUAUAAAUUGUAUCUAAUUUUUAUUAGAUAAAUAUAUUUAAAUAUUGUCGAUCUAUCUUUUGGGAAAAUAGUUUUUGAAGGUAUGAUAAUUUUGUGCUAACUAGGAAGGCACAAAUAUCACUUUGCAGUUAUCCUUAGUUGAAGAGUGUAGUUAAGUUUUAUAUAAGUACCCCUACACUAUCACAGUAAAGUAACAAAAAAUGAGAUUAUUUAGAUCAAGGAUAGGCAAACUCUGGCAGGCCAAAUCUGGUCUGCCACCUGUUUUGUAUGGUAAGUGACCUAAGAAUGGUUCUUACAUUUUUAAAUGGUUGAAAAAGAAUCAAAAGAAUAACAUUUUGUGACAUGAAAAUUAUAUGAAAUUUGAAUUUCCAUGUCCAUAAAUAAAGUUUUACUGGAAUACACCAC